UUUGAAAUUCUAACCUGUAAUUUUUCUCUUAGGUUUACAAGUUUUAAUAUAUGGAUAACGAUAACUUUUUAAAAUUUCAACUAUAAUUAUAAUAAAUACCAAUACUUAAAGAAUUCCCAAUUAUAAUGAGUGAUGAUGAAGAAUAUCGAGCAUUGAGUGCUACUUUACUGGCAUUCUAUAAUUUUCAUAGUUAUCAAACAUCUCAAGUAUUAAAGCCUAAAACUAUUAAAUAUAAUUCAUUAUCCAAAUCUGAAAGGGAAUUACUUGAAUGGUUCCCCGGAUAUUUACUGGAUUUAGAAGCAGUAAUUGGACUUAAUAAACAAGUAACUCAACAAUUAGCAUUAAGUGUAGCAGAAGAAUGGGGUGCACCUACAAAUCCUGAAUUAUGGGCUCAAGCUACUGAUAAAGAAUUUGAUAAAGUUAAAUCAACUUUAUUACAAAUUUCAAAGGAAUGGACAGAUGAAGGUAAAUUAGAAAGACAAAUAACGUAUCAAAAGAUAAUUGACGAGUUAGUUCAAUUAUACCCUAUUGAAAUUGAAAGACAAAAUAUUAAGAUUUUAAAUCCUGGUUGUGGAUUAGGUAGAUUAGUUAUGGAAUUAGUUAAAUUAGGAUUUUGGACUCAGGGAAAUGAAUUCAGUUAUCAUAUGUUAUUAACUUCCAAUUUUAUACUUAAUCGUUGUUCAUUUAUUAACCACUAUUCUAUUUUCCCAUAUUUGCAUAAAUCAUCACAUUUAGUAAAAAGGAAUUUUCAAUUACGUCCUUCAUAUUUCCCAGAUACAAAUCCAACAAUAAUUCAUGAAUUAUUACAGAAAAAUCCAAAAAUUCCUUAUGAUGAAUUAAUGUCAAUGACUGCAGGAUCAUUUACUGAUUUAUAUGGUCCAGAUAAUUUACAAGUAUCAGAUACUUAUACAGAAGAUGCAUUAGCUAAUGAAUUUCGUUCUACAAAUAAAGAGAAUUUUGAUGUAUUAGUAACUUGUUUCUUUAUUGAUACUGCAAGUAAUAUUAUUGAUUAUUUAAAAACUAUUUACUAUUGCCUUAAGAAAGAUGGAAUAUGGAUAAAUUUUGGUCCAUUAUUAUGGCAUUUUGAAGAUGAUGCUAGUAUGCAAUAUAUAGAUAGAGAUGGUGAAAAAGUUCCCACUGUAAUGCAAGGAUUAGAAUUAUCUAGAGAUGAUUUAAUUGAAUUAAUAAAGAAAAUGGGGUUUAAAUUUGAAAAGCAUGAAUCAAAUAUAAAGACUACUUAUUGUGGUGAUCAGAAAUCUCUUGGAUCUUUUAUGUAUGAUUGUGAAUACUGGGUUUGUAAAAAAAUAUGAAUAAAUAGAAUAUAUU